CGAUAAAUUCGAGCUGAGGCAAGGGCCUUAUGAAUCAUCCUAUAGUUGAAGAAUUCAAUUGUCAAGUGAUAAGCCUCUUCCAAAUCCCUAAAGAAAAUGUCUUGCUGCGGAGGAAACUGUGGCUGUGGCUCUGGAUGCAAGUGCGGCAGCGGCUGCAACGGCUGUGGCAUGUACCCUGACAUCUCAGAGAACACCAGAACUGAGACUCUCAUCGCAGGAGUUGCACCUCCUAAGAUGUCCUAUGAGGGUACUGAGUUGAACUUUGGUGCUGAGAGUGGAAAUGGGUGCAAGUGUGGAUCAAGCUGCAGCUGUGAUCCAUGCAACUGCAAAUGAGAAAGCAGCAUGGACAUGGACCUAGCAAAGCCUGUACUUGAUGUUUUUAAUAAAUCCCCAAAAAAAAAAAGGAUGCAAAAGGGUUUGUUAAUGAAUAUGUAAAAUAGUUGUCGGCUUGCUGCUGUAAAUAAAACAGCCAUAGGUAAUCAAAAUCCUUGUAUGAGGAUUUAAUUUCCUGGAGUUUGAUGGCUUGUUUUAUGUGUUAAGUGUGUCUGCUUUGCUGGUCUUAACUUGGCCUUCUGUGUACUUUUGGAAGGGGAACUCGAUUAGCGUUGGUGUCUAUGGUUAUAACUUCUUUCACUUAAAUAUGAUCUACUUUUCCCA